AACAUAGCGACGUGUAUGAAGACAGAAGACAUAGGAUUAACCUCUAAACACAAGACCGUGUGGUGGAAAGUGGAUCUCGGUGGAAUUUAUGAAAUUUACAGCAUAAACAUCCAAUUCAAAAACUACGACGGUCACGUCGUGCGUCAAAGAGGACGAUUUGCAGGAUUCUCGCUGUAUGUAUCAGAUACUGAUGUAUCAUCCAUUAGUGAAAUUAAGAGUUCUACCCUGUGUUACAAGGACGGACCACAGUUACCACCCCUUAACUUUACAACAAUAUGUACAGAAAAGGGACGGUACGUCAUAUAUUACAACGAACAAUUGGACGGAGUUAUCUACCCGGAAGGAUAUGAAGAUCAAAAUAUCUACACAGAGCUCUGUGAAGUUACAGUACAAGGAUGUAAAAAUGCCAGUGUCUACGGGAUAAAUUGUGACACUCCAUGUCCCGCUAACUGUAAAGACAGCACGUGUCAUAUACAGAACGGAACGUGUUUCACGUGUAUACCUGGGUGGACAGGAACAUAUUGUAAUACAAAAUGUGGCAAGGGGAGGUACGGUGUAAACUGUAGUCAGCACUGUGUAGGACAUUGUAAAUAUAACAUGAGUUGUAAUCAUGCGACUGGUCAGUGUGACGAAGGAUGUGAUACAGGAUGGACAGGGACUAAGUGUGACAAAGAGUGUAAAGAUGGAACCUAUGGUCAUAACUGUGUCAACAACUGCAGUGUUCACUGUCUGAAUGGUUCUCCAUGUAACAAACAGACUGGUUACUGUGACAGUGGAUGUAACCCGGGAUAUACAAAUGGUUACUGUAGCAAAGAGUGUCCGGCUGGGCAAUUUGGAUUGGACUGCAUCAAACGUUGUAGCGAGCAUUGUUUAAUCAAAGAUAAAUGUGACCGUGUAAGUGGAGAGUGUACGGAUGGAUGUCUGGACGGUUUCUUAGGAACACAUUGUAACAAGUCUUGUAACGAAGGAUAUUUUGGCAUAAACUGUUCCCGGGAGUGUUCACCUAACUGUAAGCCCGACACAUGUCGACACACGGACGGAUUGUGUAGCUGUGCUCCAGGAUGGACUGGUGAUAACUGCACCACAAUCUCUGUAGAAGAUUUGUAUACUAACAAACCAAAUCCAUCAGACACUGAGGCUGUUACUGUUGGAGGAACGGUUGGUUCAUCUGUGAUUUUAGUUAUCGGAGUUAUCCUGGCGUUUUUCGCAAUGCGCCUUAAACGAAAAUCAACAAACAUGGCGAAACUACAGUCAUUUAUGAUGGAAGCUAAGCCGAUUAACAAAAAGGAACAUAAUACAGAACUUUCUAACAUACAGAGUUGUAGAUCAAACACUUAUGACAUUGAAAAUACUACAUAUGCUUUGCCUGAGAAAACAAAAAGGGGUCCUCGAACCAAUAAGAACAUUCCUGUCAGGAAUAUGAAAGCACAGAUAUCAAACAUGUCUUUGAAUGAAAACGCUGGAUUUAAGAGUGAAUACCAUGACAUACCUCGAGGUGAGCUUCACCCUUGCGUAGAGGGAAAGAAACCGGAAAACAAAGUUAAAAAUAGAUACACCACCAUAUUCCCAUAUGAUCACUCUCGAGUUAUAUUAAAGGACGCGGCCAGCGACCAAGUGGGGUACAUCAAUGCUAAUUACAUUGAAGAUACUAAAGAAAUGCGGACAUAUAUUGCCACCCAGGGUCCGAAACCAAAAACAAUAGCAGAUUUCUGGACCAUGAUUUGGCAGGAGGAAGUCUGUAACAUUGUCUGUUUGACUAAUCUUACUGAGGGCACAAAGAACAAGUGCGCCCAGUACUGGCCCGAUAUUAACGACAAACUACAGGGCGGGACGUUGACCGUCAGACAUCUGGAGGAGAAAACCUACGCUGAGUACAUCAUCAGGCGAUUCAAGAUACACAACAAAUCGACCAGAACAGACCGUCAAGUGACGAUGUUCCACUUCACAACGUGGUCAGAUCAUGGAGUGGCCGAUCCCCUCAGUCUGGUCGUGUUUCAUCGUCACGUGAUCGGAGCCACUGCUAAGUCUGCUGGGAAGUACACAGUGGUACACUGCAGUGCAGGAGUUGGUAGGACCGGAACGUACAUUGCCUUAGACGCCCUCUACCGAGAAGGGGAGAGAACUGGUAAAAUCAACGUACCGAUGUACGUCAGAACGAUGAGGAAGGACAGAAUGAACAUGAUUCAGGGAGAUGACCAGUACAGGUUGCUAUAUCUAGCACUACGAGACGCCUUCAGUGGUCGGUCCAAAUGUUUGAAAACAGAAAAGUUUCUGAGUUACUACCAAGAACAUUCCUGUUAUACAAACUGUGGGGAUGUAGAGCAAAAGAAGUUAUAUUCUUCCGAUCUAGAGGAGUUACUGUCCUUGAGAAAGGAGUAUACACAACAAGAUUACAUAUCUGGUCGGGCUCAGAUAUCAGCUAACUACACAGAGAACGUACUUCCUGUUGAAGAGUUCUUGUGUCAUCUGUCCUACAUAAAGGGCCAUAACACAUACUACAACGCUGUUCUUCUCCAGUCGUACCUGGAGAAGGACUCCCUGAUCAGCGCCCAGUACCCUCUACCAGACAACACCGAGGACUUUCUCAGACUGAUCAAGGACUUUGACGCACGUGUUGUCGUUUUCCUGUGUCCACUCAAGGACAUAGAAUCGACAUCCAAUUGGUAUCCAACGGAAGGCCAAACAAAAUUUGAUGGAAUGUUCUACAUUAAGAACCUAUCCUCCACUAAAGCCGCAAACGUCACAAUUAACAGAUUAAAUAUACAGCCAACGGGGUUUAACCAAAUGGACAUAACUGUUUUGGAAUGCCCAAAAUGGAGAGAAAAACAGAAAACUUCUGAUAAAAGAAUUCUUUUGGAUGUAAUCAAGGCUGUCAAAACUGAAAAGACGAACGAAAAGGGACGGGUUCUAGUUCUGUCGAGUGACGGAGCUACACGCUGUGGUCCAUUCUUUGUUGUAUACAACGUGUUAGAACAGAUCUCCGUGGACAAAGAGGUGGACAUCUUUACAGCUGUACGUCAGAUCCAGAUACGGAGACCCGAGUGUGUCUCCACUGUGGAGGAAUACCAGCUUUGUCACGACGCCGUGGCAGAGUAUCUCCUGAAUGACUGUGUAUAUGGAAAUUGUUGAAGAUACAUAAUGGA